GUCGACAUUGUUUUGAGCGUUAUUCAGCCUGAUCGUCUUCAAUAUCCGAACGUAUUCAGUCUCAAUUUGUGCGAGAUAACAACGAAGAAGGUCUAUUAAAUACAGGGUAAGUAUUGUCAUUUCAUGGUGACUGUAAUUGUAGGAACACUGUCUUAAAAUUAUUGUACGCAAACUAUUUGUAAUCCUGUAGCUAAGUCAUCAAACUCAUUUAUUCGAUAAGAAUAUGUACAAGUACUUGAAUGGAAUCAGUUUAGGAGUCGAUGACUUUAAUUUUCUCGUGCUGUUUUGGGACCAGUCCGUUGAGCUGCACUAUUACGAAGUUAAUGGCGCAGACAUUUUCAGUUGUAUCUUUUUCUUUUCAUCAUGUAAAACUGAAUUGGCUGGAUUUUUAAGUUAUUUUGGUGCAUGCGUGAUUGCGCUCAUCGCUAAAAUGUUUCAGCCCAUUGUUUAAGUGAAACUAUUUUCAAGAUACCCCGCAAUAAUUGUUUAUCAAGUAUCUUAUUAGAUCCUCAUUCUCUAUUGCACGUCGUUUUGCUUCUUGCUUACAAGUUCGUUUAUUUCUUUUCAUUUAUCCUUCUGUCAUUUAGUUAUACGUCCUUUAGUUAGUAGUGCGACGCCGGGAUCCGGUACCAAAAUAUUUUUUGUGUUUGUUUACAAUUAACUGUCUGAUCCGAGUUCGCCCUGUACGUUGAGCUCCAUUGGGUUGAAUUCGACUUGUUGUAAAUGUAGUAAAAAUAUUUCAGUAAAGUUUUCACCCUCUUACCUCUGAAAUUUAAUAUCAGCCUAGACAGUGAAUAUUAAUAAAUAGUGUAAUCUGACUUUGAUGAAAGGGCUACCCUGAGUAAAAGAUAGUAAGGCUGAUCUUGCUGUUUAUCAGUGAAGUUUUGUCUUUUAAGAAAGUCAAGAAAAACCGAAGAGCACCCGCCCUUGAUUUCUAUAAAUAUCUGAAUCAAUCUCUGAACAUUGUUAUUUUGUUUUUUGGUUUUACUUUAUUUUGGUUCACUGAACUAAACUAUGAAACCAUAAAGCUUUGUAGACAUGCAAGUUAGAUUACUCUUCUCAAUUCUCCUACACCUGUACUAGAAUAAAGAAAAAACUUGACUAAAGCUUCUCGAGUUAGGUUAGCAGCUUCUAUGUUAACAGUAAUUUUUCUUUAGAGCAACUGCUCGUUUAUCGUUUCAAAGUCAGUGGCUAUAGUUGAAUAACUGGUGUGAUGUUUUGGGAAUUUAAUUCUUGUUAAGGUGAGAGUAAGCGGCUGUCUAUUCUUUGACUGACAGUGUACAAAAUGGCAAUUAUGUAUCUCAUGGAUCCGGAAGGAAUGCUCAAACUCUUGGAAAUGGUGAGCUUCAUUAGAUUAAAUUAUGGACCCUUUACUUGUUUGCCUUGUGUGUGGAGGCCACAUAAGAGAGUGCUGACAGCGUCCAUCCAAUGACCCCAGGCGCCGUGCUAGAACGAUGAGGGAGGCCUGGGGAUGAGGAAGCUAGUUUUCCUAGUCUCAGGCUACACGUUCAUGGCUUUGGGCGAAUUUUCGACCGGCUGAAAAUUUUGACGGGACAAUUUGUUCAUAUGGGACCGUUUGAUACAGUUUUUCUCUGUUCACAAGCAACUUUGAACGGCUUGGCGUCUAAAUUUUGGAACGGUUACUGUAGUAUACUACACCGACCGUUUUUCCUCGAAAAAAAUGGGGCUAUUAGGUAAUAGUUAGCGUUUAACAAGGGGUAGCAGCUGAUGGGGGUAAGUAACUCUAAAUACCGAUUCCUGAUAAAAUAAGAUGACGUUUUGAUUCUAGCGGUAUUUUCUAACAAAUCGUGUUGUAUUGUGUAAUUUCAGGUUCUUCUUUCGGCAGCCAUAGCUUGUAUCACCGAGUACCACAAAGAUGUGUCCCUUUCAGACCUUCCCAACUGGGAUUUUGAUCGGGCGGCUCUGUUUUAUGGCGUGUUUAUUAUUGGUCUUGUGAUCGUUGUUUUCCUGUUCCUCAACUUUCUGUUUGGUUGUGCUUACAGUAAGAAAUGUGGAUCACCAAGAGGGUGGACGUCCUUUGUAAGUGCCUGAUUUAAUUAUAAUGCAUGACUUGACUAAGCCCUGAGGCAAUUAAAUAAUGCUCGCUAAAGCGGAAAUACGCAUUACCAAAAAAAACGCUUUUCUCUGUUUUUAGAACUGGAACUUUCAGGUUCUUUGGACUAGGAGAAGGUGACACUCGGAUUCUCUUCUUCAUCCGCGUCUCGCCUAGCCUCUUCUCGCGCGCGGCGAUUUUCACUCGCGCAAGCGAAUUUUGAUCGAUCAAGUAUCCUUAACGAAAAUAAGAGACUACUCGUAGUCUGUAUUUUGCUUGGUCAGAGCCUUGGUGAUGGUAUAGGAAAGUAACAUGAAUUUUCUUGUUGGGUGUUCACGUUAAUAUCUAUACGCGUCAUAAAGAGGCGUGGUUCAGUAAUGAUACAAUUCGAUGUGAAUUUAUUUGCAAGACGGGUCAUUUAAAAAAUUAAUUACUUUCCCGGAAUUAAUCGAACGCAAGUCAGUCAGCAUUUUACCGCCUUUAUUUUUUACCACUAUACAUGGUUAAUCCCUACAAAAGAGACCGUCAGCGCUUUAACAUCGACUUCUCUAUACCAGCAAGAAAAUCCGGAUUUUAUCCAUUUUAAGCAACGGGCGGCUCCACCUCUUCAAUGAUGAUCCUGAUGGUUUGAUACCAACUCGUCCAGGCGUCUCCUGCCUUAACCCCUGAUCCAGUACAGUCGCCAACGCUGAAUCCAACUUUCACCUUCCCAGCAGAAAUCCCACCGCAGUAACCCUCAAUGUUGGCAGGCCUGUGGAUGUUUGCGUUAAUACCGUGGUAAAUGACUCCAUCAAUUUGUGCUGGAUUACUGCACUCCUUACUGUUGAAAGUGAAAUUCCAUCUCUUGCAGCAGUGUGUGCAGCCUGUAAUGCGAAUAAUACCCAUAUAUACCACACGCAGGAAGGUCCCAGACUUCAGCUUGGUGAAAUCGCAAGCCUGUAUUUUCGAGAGAAGAUUAACACAAAUCCUGUUUGUGAAAACAUUCGUUUUUCUGAUGCAACUCGGGUAGAUGGAAUAUUAUUCAUCAAGCAAGGAGGGAAAGGUUGGCGAAAUAAAUAAAUCUCUCAAACAGUUUAAUAGCAAAAGAACGCUGGCCCAAAGGGCAAGCUGAGCAUGGCAUAGGAUGAAAAAAUCAAGAUCUGAUUUUUCUGAGAGACUGAUGAUAGGGGAAAAUGGAAAUAUUUAGGAAUUAAGUUGGUACUCAAAAAGUGAUAGAUGAAGUGCCUGGAAGUGAGAUAUUUAUGAAUAUUCAGUCAUCUUUUCGGGUAUAUAAAUAUAUAUACAAAUCCUCGACGGUUAUAAAAGGGGGGAUUUUUUUGGUUGACUUCGUAGUAGCCACUAAAAAGAUUCGAUUUUUCUUACAAAAGAAAUGGGUUGAUUACCCUAUAAUCAGUUGAUAUUUAUUCCUUUCUCAUUUUGUGCUAUACUUACAUGUACUUGUCCUUUGUCUCUGUCAUCUCUUGACGUUUUAGAGGAAAAAAUGCACUGUUUCCAUCGACGUGAACUUAAUGUCAUUCCACCCGGUAUGCCCGGGGUUCCUGAAAUACCAGGAGUACCCGGAAUCCCUGGAGCUCCGGGUUGCCCGGGAGAUCCAGGUGCCCCAGGGGUUCCAGGUUGUCCUUGAAGAGAACAUUGCUACAAGAUAAAAUGAACAAAUCUUUUUUCAGAGACCACAAACUAACAGCUAACUAGUGGACAUCAAGGUUUUAUCAAGCCGGGCCCAUAAUGUUUAAUACUCUCUCGAUUUCAUUACAUUGGUAAUCAGGUCAGAUGAGCGUUCUACAAAACCUGGGAAAACAAGAUACAGACUAGACAUUUAACUCUCUUGAAUAGGAGAAUAGAUCGGUCUGAUUUCAGGUUACGCCUACUUCCUGACCAACUCCCAGGUAUAAAGCGAUAAUUUUACAGUGGCUUCUGGCUGAGUAGUAAACUCUAUUACGAAACUCCUAAUGAAUGGGACUCAGUAGAAACUGAGUUUGGGCUGUCCAGUUAAGCCGAGGGCAUACACUGUAAAGACUUGUCCAUAAUGUAGUUCCUUAAAGAUCAACUAUACCUGCUGAAACCCGUUGCCUCCAAUGAUGAUAACCCAAAGUACCAGUGCGUUGACAAAAAGAUGUAGUUUCAUGCCUGGUUCAGUUCAAAAAAUACGGAUCAGUUUAAUACUCAUGCGCCGCCGUUAGUUUAAUGUUGGGUUCUGUCUUAAAAUAUGGCCGGCUGACAGGAGCCCAUGAUGUUUAUAAAUAUUAUUACUUUGGAGCUCUUCACUUCUUUGCUGUAUUUUAAUCAGUAUUAGCUUUUAGCUUCUGAGUGUGUAACGACAAAAAAGAUACGAUUGAAUCUUUGUCUUACAAACGAAAAAGCAGCAUUAAAGAAGUUACAGUUGUAUUUUUGUAGUUCUUUUCAACAGACAAUAUAGCAAACGAAAAACUCUGAGAAAUGUUCCAUUAAGUAUCUAGCUUGUGUACCGCCAACUAUAUACAUUGUAAUAAAUUUCAAGAUAAAGAAAGGUGAUUUAAGUUAAUUCUGUUUAUUAUACUGGAAGGCAGAUAAAACUGAUUUCACUAUAGACUUUGACCACAAGUCGAGCUCAAAAUUUCUAGCACGAGCUAGAAAUUUUUUAUGUUUUAGGUGGACCAGAAACGAGAAGUGAAGGACUUUAGAAAGUCUUCAUGAUUUCGCUAAUAAAAAAGUCUCUAAAGUGGAAUUUAGGACGUCUUAUUCUAGCUUGAUGAUAAUUGAAGCGCAAAAACAUAGCAAUUUAUAAAAUUUCUAGUUUCUUACCUUCAGUAUCAAAUAUGACUAUUCAAGAGUCUGGCUUGUCUGAACUCAUUGAUCUAGAAAAAAUAGAAAUCAAGUGGAUAAGGGUUCCAAAAAACUAAGAAACUGGCAAAAAGUUGCGACCUUACCGUCCGUCGUCAGAUUAGCUAAAUCACAACUCGCUGAUAAACACUACUGAACCACAAAAAAUCCUUGUUUUCUUGGUUAGCAAGUUCCCGUUGAAACAAGUUUAUGUAUCAGAAUAUAAUUAUGCACAUUAGAACGUGAUUUGCAAUUAUCAUUCAAGCCACGCUAUCUUGCUUUUGGCUGAUUUCCUUUGUCACUGAUGUUGUAAACAUGUCAGGUUAUAGAUACCCUGCGAGCAGAGGCCCUUCGAUCUUCCUAGAUAAGUAGGAAGAUCGAAGGGCCUCUGCUCGCAGGGUAGGUUAUAGAAAGCUACGUAUUAAAUCCCUUCUUUUAAAAAGAGAUAAGCCCAUUAAUACUGAUCAUUUAUGACUUGUAUAUAAUUCUAAAUUAAAGAUUUCAAUUGUCUUCCUAAUAAUGACUGAGGGAAAUCAUGUUCUGAUCGUUAAAAUAUAUUGUUCCACUCAAUUCAAGUCCUGGCAUAAGUCCAAUGAGUGUUCAGAGAAUAUGAUUGAUUGGCAAUAUCUUUCGCUAGGAUAGCUAGAACAAGAUGAAUUUUUUUUUCCCAAAAGAAUAUCUUGAGGUCUUCUUGUGACAUAGCCAUUAAUUAUGGUCACGUGACAUGUCUCGUGACUAAAAAUUGAAAAUGAAGGAAAUUGGUACCCUGGGUGCCAGAGGGUUUUCAUGCGCGGUUUUCGGUUUCGGUCAAGUCUUAAGAAGUGCUUCGCCACUCGUGUCAUCGCUCUUCGGCCGACGAAGUUCCUAGUAGCACGCGAGAAAAAACCUCUGGUACCCAGCGCAGGAAAUUGCUGGCGAAUUUACUUUCUUUGGAUAAAUAAACUGGCGUUUCUGAUAGAGGAUAAACAUAGUUUACUUCCAAUGUUUGAAAUAAAUGUAUACUGACCCCCCCCCCCCCACCCCGUGACCACCUCGGUAAUACGUUCGCCUCAUUAUUACGGCCACUUUUUUUGGCCGCCCGUCAAAACGACCAUACAUUUUCUUGUAAUUUUUUAAUUGAAGUGCAAUGGACAGUCAUUCCAAACAUGGAGUGCUAGAGUUACUUAAUAUGAAUAAGAACAAUGUUAUUAUUUGAUUUUUUUUCUUAAACCCGUCACCAAUUUCACAAUUGUUUACCAACCAACUAACAUGAUAUUUAUACUCUAAAAUAUUAAGGACGAUGAGUUCUUUAUGUGUACCAAAUUUUAAUUCAUUUCCUUCCUCUUUCCCAAAGAUAUAGCCAAUAAAUCAUUUUUCAGGGGUAAACCCAUCAAAACCAGGCCUUGAACUACUUGAGCAUUCCCAGAAGGUUAUUUGCACAGUAGAAUCCUGCGAGUGAGGCUUUUUAUAGACUACCAAAAAAGCUUGAAAGGUUACGAGUUCGAGUUCAUUUCUUACUGUUACAGUAAAAAAUAUGGAUCACAACUAGGGUAGACUUCCUUUGUAAGUAAAAACGGUUUACUCAAUUUUCAUAACCGCAACCUGAAGGUGCUUUACCGAGGUGCUUUGGACUAAGAGUAGUCCUUCGUUUUCUUCACUAUACAGGGAUUAUUGAGCAAGCGAAUUACGUAAGCGCGAGCGAAAAGCGCCACCCACGAGAUGAAGGUGACACCAGCCAGAGUACCUACCCUCUAUUCAAACUGGAAAAACGGAAAAUCGAUUGGUUUGGUGAAUUCCGUCUGGGAAGCUUCCGUGAAAAAUACGGGCUGUGAUUUGACGCGAUGCAAUUUCUUUUUAGUCUGUUCAGAAGAUUUAGAUAUACGUUUUAGCAGGCCUGUUCUCCUUCCGCGUCAAAGUUUAGUUUAUGUUUAUGCACAAGGUUUCUACUCAGGUGGUUUGUGCGAAUGGUAAUCAACCCCGGUUUCUCUCCUUCCUCUGCGUCUCGUCUCUUCUCGCGAGCGUUGAUUUUUACGCGCGCUCGCGAAUUUCGAUCCCCCAACUACCCGAGGAUAAUGAGACACUACUCGUACUCUAUAGAUUCUUGGGGAGAGCGUUGGUGACGCUUUAGUGUUAAAGGGCAACUUUCGCGUAGGACAUCUUUUUUCGGAAAAACCUUGCAAAUGUUUUUCUUAAUGUAAUACCAUCAAGAAAUAUAUCUUCAACGAUCUUUUUGGCUCAGAAAUCAAAAUAUAAAGUGUUAAAUUUGCCGCUUAUUCGAUCUUCCACCAUUAACGCUUCGAUUUUGCUGAUCACGCGACGUGACGUCACACGUGUGGAACAACAAAUGAUCUCGAAUAUGGCUGACUGUAGUUCGUCACGUGAUAGCGCUACCUCUUUGUCCGAUUAUUCGGAUGUUGAAGAACUUUUAGAUAUCCGCGGCGCUUUAUGAAUAAUAAUAAAUGUUAUUUAGCCAGGGUUAUCUCUUCAGCAUAAAAUGCUGCUAUCAAUGAGGGCGCUGGAAAAGACGCGUAAAUUAUGAUGCAAUUUGAUGUAAUCAUGCUUGCAAGGGACUCAAAAGCCCGGGGGGUUCUCCCCUACAAAAGUGACGGGGGUGCUAAUCGUACCUUUUAGGGGUUUAAAUUUGUGGAUUGGAAUCGCUUAGGGUGCUAACACCUAAAAUGACUGAUUAUCAUAAAGAUUCCUGACAAUACUUUAAAAAAGUCCUUGAGAAGAAAGUGUUCGAAAGUUAUUUUAUUACUAUUAAAAUUUGCAGUGCCAGUUAUAUAAGUUGUUGUUGUUGAAUUGGUACCUGUUAGGGGUGGAAAUGAAUUUGGGACAAGCCCAUAAAGCAAGAUUAUGGUACCUUUUAGGAGUAACCUGAGAUUAGGAUCAAUUUUCGUUUCGCUUUGUAAAUAACAUUCCGGCGGGUAAGGCGACCAAUUUUAGCGGUAGCCAUUAGAGAGAAUGUAUGACAACCGCUAAAAUUGGGCCUGAUCUCAGGUUAUUUAGGAGUGUGCUCUAAAUUUUCCGACGAGCACCUUCGUCAAUUUUAUAGGGGAGUACCCCCUCGGACUCAAACGGUUCCUUCAAAACAUUAAUUACUUUCCCGGAAUCAAUCGAACACAAGUUAGUCGUAAUUUUGCAGCCUUUAUUGAUUACCACUAGGCGUGGUUAAGCUCUACAAUAGACCGUCAGCGCUUUAACAUCAGCUUCUCUAUACUAGCAAGAAAAUCCGGAUUUUAUCUAUUUUAAGCAACGGGCGGCUCCACCUCUUCAAUGAUGAUUCUGAUGGUUUGAUACCAACUCGUCCAGGCGUCUCCUGUCUUUGCCCCCGAUCCAGUACAGUCCCCAACGUUGAAUCCAACUUGCACUUUUCCUGCUGGAAUCCCACCGCAAUAGCCCUCAAUGUUGGUAGACCUGUGGAUGUUUAUUUCGUUGCUUUGGUAAACAAUGCCAUCGAUGGGCGCUGGUUUGCUGCACUCCUUACUGUUGAAAGUGAAAUACCAUUUCUUGCAGCAGUUUGUGCAGCCCCGAAUACGAGUGACACCCAUGUAUACCACUCGCAAGAAAGUGCCAGACUUCAGCUUGGUGAAAUCACAUACCUGAGGUCACGUGGAAACGAUUGAAAAGGCCAUUUCCGAGUUCCAAAAAAUCUCGCCUUCAAAGCGAGGCUAAGUGCGAAGCCACUGAUAUGAAAAUGAUUUUUAAUUAUGAUGCAGAUAAAACUCAUUUUCACAACAAAGGUUUCGCACUUAGCCUCGUUUUGAAAGUGAGAUUUUUUUUGGAACUCGGAAAUGGUCUAUUAAAAUGAAUAGAGGGGAGGAGUCGUUACUUCACGUUCCCAUGGUAGCAAAAUUUCUGGAUGACAACAAACUAAAAAGGUGAAUUCGGACUGUUUCAAAUUUCAUCGAUCUUAUUCAAUUUCAUUUAAUUUAUCAAAUUUUGGCAAAUUUUCUAGGGUUAAAUCCGAAAGGACCGUAUCUAAGUUUAGAAAAAGAAAAAGGAAAAUUUUUGUGUGGUGCUCGCCUACUUCGUAAGGCGGGUGGGUGAAGUUAAAAAGUUUCACGUCGCAGCCGUGCAACGACGGCUAAGAACAGGAGCGUAGCUAGGGGGGGUCUUGGGGUGCCCGUGACCCCCCCUUGGUAGGCCCUCUUUUGAGCAAACAACCUACAAUAUUCAGGUGGCGAAAACGCCAUGACGAUAUCUUGGCCAUAAAAGCCAUUGUUAAAAAGCCCACUUUUUUAAAAUUUGUUUUUUGUAAAGUAUUUUCGUCAACGGCUCUUGUCUUUAGUUAAUAUGGGCCUUCACGCCGCGAUAAUACGACUGAGCCCGCUGAUACACGAGGGGGAGCAGCGGUAUAAACCACAUAUAGUAACAUUAAGUAAAACAUGCACGGCGUGGAGGUCGACAUGACAAUCUGGUGAGUAGCCUCUGUGACCCCCCUUUUGAAAAAUCCUGGCUACGCCCCUGAAGAAACGUAAAAAAGCGUGAUGCACGUGCACAAUUGUUGUUUUGCUGAUAUAAACCUGUUGCUUUUUUCCAGUUCUCUUUACCGUCGCCAGCGUCGUUGCUUAAGCUCUCUAUUAUUGUGAUCCAGAAAUUUUGCUACCAUGGUAACAUGACGUCACACUUCUUUUAAAUUUUAAGCAUGCGAGUCGGCACACUUGUCGGAACAUUCACUAAAUAUUACUGAACUAAUGAACUAAGACUAGACGAAGAUCUUUGUUACCAGUUAGCCUUGGUAGUGUUCCAGGUCGUUGAACGUGGAACACUACACAACCUGGCAAGCCUUGGCAAUAUUAAUGAGUUUAAGGCCCCGUCUACACGUAUCGGCAACUUUUUCUUUCCGGAUUCAAAAAUUUCCACGUCCACAGGUAUCCUUAUUCAAACUGAAUUUGCCCGUCCACACGUAUCCGACACGUAUGAACAAACGUAUGCAGAUUUACUUUAGUACCCAGGACUUCUCUGGGACCAUUGGUAACAGAGCAAGCUUCGUAAAGACGGGUAAGAGAGAGAACCUGGGAACGAGGUUUCCAUCUUGAAUAUUCACGAUAAACAACUGGGUGAUUCGAUCUGGUAACUUUACAGGAUAAACAAUACCCGGAUUUAGCGUCCACGCGAUUCUGGAUUCAUAGCGUAUUCAAAAAUUUCCACACUGGAGAGCGGAUUAAAAAAGUUGCGGAUUCGUAUUCCAGAUUCACCGGAUACGUGUGGACGGAAGUCGUAUCCGGAAGGAAAAAGUUGCGGAUUCAAAAAUAUCCGGAUCUGUGUGGACGGCCGGGGCCUGAGUCUCCAACUGAACUGUCUGCGGUGCCUAACCAUCUUAAUUACGAGACAGUUAAUCAGUUAAUAGCCACUGAAUAUACCUACAUGCACUUGCCCACUGUCUCUGUCAUCCCGUGAAUUAGAAGAUGACCAAACGCAUUGUUUCCAUCGCCGUGAACUAAAUGCCAUUCCAGGAGUUCCACAGAUACUGGGGGUGCCUGGGGUACCGGGGGUGCCCGGGGUACCGGGGGUGCCCGGGGUACCAGGGCUACCCGGAAUUCCCGGAGCUCCGGAUGCUCCAGGUGCCCCAGGGGUCCCUGGUAGUCCCGGUUGUCCUUGAGAGCAACAUUCCUAUGGGAUAAAUGAAUUCGAUAGAUGCUGGACAUUACAAAUCUUCAUCCGGCGCCUUAGAAUAUUGUAACGCACAUAGAAACUCUGAAAAUUGUCACUGAGUGCAAGCUAUAUAAAGAUUUAAGUUCUUGAAAACGGGAUAAAAGGGCACCUCAUUUAAAGAGGGUCUCCAUCUAAUGGCAGACUGAUAAUUAAUAUCCAAAUAGCCUGCGAGCAAGUUGGUGCUCUGGCGUAACAUAUAUUUCCUUAAUGAAUGGCUGUUCGAUACCUGCUUUGUACUGUUGUUGCCACUACAGAUGAUGGACAAUGGUAAGAGAAUGAUGAAAAUGCGAUAACUGAAAUACUCUUUCAUGUCGGCUGGUUCUGUUUAAAAGAACAAACAAUCAAAGUCACUGAUAUUACAAACUACCCAUUUAAUAGCGCAGCUUAGAGGUUUUUCCCUUCUCAAAUGUCGUGAUCGGGUGUCAUGAUCAUGAGGCCCGCGGAUAAAACGAGAAAGGUUUUCAGUUAUUCACGAGUACUUGCUUCAGUUGCCUUGCUUGCCAGAAAUGGAAGUUCAAAACUGAACUUUUUUAAAAAGGCUAGUAAAAAAAAACUACCAAUUCCAGCCACUGAAAGAAACAGGUAAAAUGAUCUUUUACCUAUCUCUUGCACUUUUUUAAAUCCCAAAUUUCUGAUACUAUUAAAUCCUCUCCUAUUCCUUUCACGCUUGGAAAACUGGCAAAAAUCACAAGGAACAAGGUCCGUGUGGUUUCGUCCAUUUGAUUUUCAUUCAAUAUUGGAAAUUGAAAAUCAAAACUUCACAAUCGUGAUUUUCAAUGUUUGAUUCCUCAAAAAUUGAAAAUCAAAAAUUUACAAACUCAAUUUUCAAUUUUUGUUGCUAAGAAAAGUAAAAUUAAACAUCAUUCUUCAAUAUUUUGAAAAUCAAAAACUAUUGAAAAUGGCCAGUUAGUGGUUUUAACUUUUUGUUUUCAAUUUCCUCCUCCCAAGAUUCAAGCUAACGGUUUCCGGCAUUUUAUAGUAAAUUUCAGUAAUUGUCUACAUGCGGAAUUCCCAAUGUCAAAUAAAAUUAAUGAUUACAUCUAAAACUUUGUCAACUGUUUGGUUUUUAACAGUACCUGGGCCGGGUUGUUCAAAGCUCGGUUAAGAUAACCCAGGCGAGGAGGGUUAGUGCGAAAUUUGAACUCAUAUGUGAGAGCUUCAUUUUGCCAACAAGUUGAUGAUUGGAUGCUCUUAAAAAUAACUGAGAAAAUUAUCCAAAGAAAUGUUUUUUUAACGAAAGAAAAAGAAACCCGGGUUAAGCGCUGAUCGGCCUUCGAACAACUGCGCCCUGCAGAACAUCUAUUGCGCCAGCAAAACAAAAAGUUCUUUUUACACGCCCGAAGCACUCUGGCCAGUGUCUCCUCAAAUAAAAAGCACUUGACACAAACCAUACGAUACCAUGCUGAUCACUAGCCUUCAAAACCUUUUCAUUAUGAUACACAGUUUACGUCGAGGUUUCGCUGUACGCAACCCUUACGUUCAAAAUAUGCUAUAAUCAUAGUUAUCUCUCGCAAGAACCAUCCACCCUUUCCCCUCAACUCAGAGCUACCUGUACGCCUAGCAAACAUAUCGAAUGCACUCUCGUAAGCUCCGAUUACUCCAAGUUUUUACAUAACCUGUAUCAAAUAGGCUGAAAUGACUAGAUAUCUUUCGACUUCGUGUAUACGAUCGCUGCGGAAAAGCAAACUAAAAAUUGCCGAACAGGUUGUAAGUUGCGUAUGCCGCCCUUACGGUAUAUGAAUCGUUUCUUCUCUUACAUUAAACGGAUUAACAUAAAACAAAACACGUUUGAUUUCGUGAUCUAAGGUCCUUCCAAUAUUCAAAAAGAGAGAAAAAUUCAUUAUUAGCUUUGAUUAAUUUUAUUUUUUAAUUUGUUUUUUUAUUUCCACUACUUUCAAGAUUAGUCAGAAGUCAUGAAUCCGAGUAAAUUUUUUUUUCUUUUUUUUAAAUUUUGGGUGCGACACAGCUAUCCUUAGUCUAACUGAACAAUUCAAGAAAGAAUUAGAUAAUCACAAAGUCAUGAGUCUGGUGUCUAUGGACCUGUCAAAAGCAUUUGACACCCUUCCCCAUGAUCUUAUUGUCAAAAAGCUUGAAGAUUACGGUGGAGACUCAAAAGUUAUCAAUCUCGUUACGAAUUAUUUAAGUGACAGAGAGCAACGUGUUAGAUUGAGUGGACAGCACUCUUCUAUGAAAACUAUAAUAAAGGGUGUCUUCCAGGGAUCAAUUUUGAGUCCCAUUCUCUUUAAUAUUUUCAUGAAUGACCUGUCUUAUGCUAUAGAUGAAUGCACAUUAUUCACGUACGCCGAUGACACUCAAUUGUUUAAGUCUGCGGAAGAUAUCGACCAGGUUGAACAUGCCAUAAAUGCCGAUCUGAAAAAGGUUGAUAAGUGGUAUAAAUUCAAUCAAAUGAAAAGAAAUCAUUCAAAAUAUCAAGCAAUUAUUUUUGGAAGGGUCGAGAGAAAUCCUGUGUUGACCUGUGAAGGAACCGUUAUCCCUAUUCAAGACGAAAUGGAACUCCUUAGCGUCACUCUCGAUAACAAGCUUAAGUUUGAGGGACAGAUUCGUAAAAUCUAUCGUAAGGUUAGUCCACAGGUUGCUGUUCUCGAUAGGCUGACUAAAAUAUUGCCUUUUGAAUUGAGGAUAGAUAUAUAUCGUGCUUUCAUUGCACCGCAUUUCAAUUACUGUUCAGAGUCGUAGCAUCACUGUGGUAAAAGAGGUUCCGGCAAACUUAAGAAAAUCAAUGAACGAGCCCCUCGCUUUGUGACCCGUGACAAGUCAACCACCUACGAGACGUUGCUAAAACAACUAAGCCUGCUGUCCCCACUUAAUCAAAGAAUUGUUAAAAUGGCCACCGGUGUUUACAAAGCUAUCCAUGGGUAUAAAGUCCCUCGAGGAAUGGGAGAGCUAUGGUAUGAACGAUCAACUAAUUAUAAUCUUAGAGGAAAACACAUCCCCGAGCUACCCAAAGCAAAUACAACCACCUAAAUUGGACUUAAUUCGUGGCGUUAUACUGCAGCUAAGAUUUGGAACGCUCUUCCGGAUCAGUUUCGUGCCGCUAAUAAAAUCGGAACAUUUAAGAACUUGAUGUCUAAGUUCGAUUUCUCAAAUUUUACAUUUUAAUCGCGCAAAUACAUGUAAAUACAUUUUGCUUAGUUUUAACAUCAUUAUGUAAUAAUCUCGUGAUCUACUCUUAGUUUUAAUAAUUUUUAACUGUAUAUAUAUAUAUAUAUAUAUAUAUUUAUAUAGGUUUUUAUGAGAAAUCUUCUCUUUCUAUUAUUUCUAGUUUAUUCAUUUAUUUUUCGUGGCAUGUCUGUAAAGUAGCUAAUUAGCAAAGAACAUUGGCCACGUUAAAUAAAGGGUAUUAUAUUAUAUAUUUUAUUAUAUAUUCCAAAUAUCUUUUGUAGUUUAAAGAUCUUCACUGUUCAAACCAUUCAAAACUGACAAAAAGAUAAAAGUCUUUAUUAAUGACAAAAUCGCGUCCACAUAAUUUUUCAUUGAUCAUGCUAGAUCGCGCUUCUAUCUUAAAAGAAGAUAACUGACUUUAAGAAAAGACAGGGCCGACGUUUAUUCAGAAUGCAAUGUGUUUCUUAGGUAUGAUCUUCUCCAAUUACUGCUUUGUUUAAUUCUAAACUUAAGUUAUUUUUUCUUGGUAUAAGCACACUUCAGCUCUCUUAAUCAUCUUUUGUGUAGUUUUUCGCUUCUUUCGCUUGUUUUUCCUCUUUUAUUCUAGCAUUAUUUUCCUCACCUUUUCUCCCUCGUUUUUGCACUUACACGUUUUUUCAGCCUUUUCUAUUUUUAUCCUAUUGAAGAAUUGUUUUCUAUGUUCCAAACAAAUUGUGCGUACUAAGAGUUAAAUUGCCGAUGUCAGUAUUGUAAUUGUUAAUUAGGUAACAUAAUUUUAAAGGCGGUCCUAUUCCCUUGCCUCAAGAUCAUCUUUUUUAAAAAUUUUAUAUGUAUAUUUUGUGUGUAUAGCAUAAAGAUAAUAAAACAAUAAAACAAUAAAAUUUUCUCUUUUUUCUUUUUCUUUACUGCAUUUCUAUUCCUUUCUUUUCAACGCACUUCAUUUGAGUGUCGAUCUCAGUUGAUUUUUGGUCAAAUCUAAAAUUGCAGCCAGCAAUUGAGUGACCUAGCCAGCUGGUCCUUUAAUUUCGAGUUACUCUUGAAUUCCUUAAAACAUUUCACUAAAAUUUUGUGUCUUUUUACAGAAAAAUAUUUUGCAAACGAGUCUUAAAUCACUUGAAUGAACUCUUUCUGAAACGAACCCCGUUGAGGCCAACACUAUUGGAAACGUCCGUCGUUAUGGAGGUAUCCCCUUUCGCACCGAGUCAAAGAAAACGACUGAAGAACGACACAAGGGCUAACUAUAGGUCUAUAGGUCCCCAUAAGUGUCUUUCUCUUAGAGGUGUCUGUCAAGAGAUAAAUAUGAUUUUAAAGUUAUUUACUAAUAUUCACCUACUUGCUAAAAAUCUCUGAAACUAGAGACAUAAUUUUUCCAGAGGGAAGACCAACAAAGCUUACCUUUUGCCUCAGCAAACCUGCUGCUAAAAAGGAGGAAGAGAGAAAGCAGUGACGAAAACAGCACCUUAUUUUCCUGCAAAGCAAAUUACGUAUCAGCCUUGACUCAUCCAGGAAAUAAUAAUGUGUGGAUUUCCAUUACUCUGCACGUAGCCCUUUUCUUCCAGCUGGGCAAGCAAAAUUAACAUAAACGAAUUCCUGCUUCCACAGCUGUCGAAAACCAAACUGUUGUGCGCAAACUAUUGCUUCGUAUUAUGAACCGUAUAAUAAUUAUCCAAUAAGCAAUAACUAAAUAUAAUUAACUUGCAUUGCCGAAACAAGCUGCGUUUUACCUUCGCAGCUGGAGACAUUCCCAAGGUAAACGAGCUUUUAAUUAAUAUUUUGAUUCACACGAAACCCUGUGAAGUGAUAGUGUGCAAGAAAAUAUUUGAAAUUUUAAAAUCAAUGUUUAAUUUGGGGUUUUUCGUUUGGUGGAUGUGGCGGUUGUAAAUUAAAACUGAGAGAUAACUUAUUUUGACUGUUAUAUUUUCGUAUUAAAUUAUGAACUAACUUUAUGUUUGUCUUAAGGUUACAAGCCGUCUGACAUAUUUGCGUUCGAGGUACGAGAAGGCAACCCCUAAUUUGUGUUGGGUGUUCUGUACAUUAUCGGGUGGCCUGUGCAAUUAAAAAGGGAGGUUUUUUCGAGAUUGCGUUUGUCGUCGUCGUCGACACACAUUUGCCUCGCUUUGAGGCGCUUGCUAACGUUUUGCCUCACUUUGACGAACUAACUCACGUGGUGAUUCGUGCGUCCUCAAGCGUUUGCUGAGGUCUUUUAUUUUCUCUUCGUAAAGCGUUCAUCUCAGUUUUAAAAGUUUGCUGAAUCUCUGUAAAGCGUACAUAUUUCAAGACUUAAACGAAGUUCUACUAUCGAUCUGUGUUUGCUGAAUCAUUCAAAACGUUCAUCUUUCAAAAGUUUCGACGGCCGUUGUGCCACAAAGUAAAUCUACCGAGAUUUGAAACUCGGCGGCGCCGUUUCAUCAUGACUUGUGAUAUUUUCGGCACCGGACAAACAUUUUAGGCCUGUUACUUAUUCGGAAAAACUUACAAACAGCCCACAGUAGCUCCACUCAAGUCACUGAAAUCAACACACUCGACCAAACUACUGCACUUAUUGAGACGGACCAUACGAUAUCAGUAGCCUUCAAGGCUUUUUCAUAAUUAUACACAGUUUAAAUAGAGGUUUCGCUGUAAGCAAUCCUUACGUUUAAAAUAUGCCAUGAUCAAAUUAACCGGUUUUCAUAAUGAUCUCUACCAUCGCUGUGAUCGCAGCCGCGAUCAUAUGAAACCACUCUCCAGCGAUCGAAGAGACAACAAUCGCUGAGAUAUAAAAAGUUCUAUCUCAGCGAUCGUUGUUGCUGCCAUCGCUGGAGAGUGGUUUCCAUAUGAUCGCUGAAAUUUUUUUUCUCAGCGAUCACAGCGAUCGUAGCGAUCAUAUGAAAACCAGGCUUAAUCUAUCGUAAUAACCAUCCACCCUCCCUCCUCAACUGCUACCUGUACGCCUUGAACGGAACGCACUCUUCUAAGCUCCCAUUACUCCUAGUAUAUUUUAAUUAACUGAAAUUAGCACUCUUAAGAUUUCUUUAUCUAAGAGACCAUAGCCACUUAAGUCUGUUUUCUUAAAGUCACUGAGUUUUGCAAAUUGUCAUGGAAGAGUUGUACCCGACGAUAAAGCCUUCUAUUAAUUUGCUGGUUUAAGUUAUUUUGCGGAGUUUUUCUUGAAGAAACAACGGAACUUGAGUAAGAAGAAAAUCAAUCACGCUCUAAAAGUGGGUGGAGUCAUCUAGUAAACGAAUGAAGGAUGUGAAAUGAUGUCAAGAAAUAAAUUUAUACUCAUUAUAUAUUUUAAACGUAUUUGCUGUUACGGUGGCUCACUAGAAAACCAAAUGGUUCACUGGCCAUCAUACUCAAGCUUUAAUAUUAAUUCAAUGGAAAAGUUUACAUCGUAAACAACAAUCUAUAAAGUCUGUAACUUAGCAUUAGUUAAAGUAUUGAGAAAAAAUAAACUGAACUUAUCACACGUCAUUCGUUGUGUUCAAACUAGUUUAAGUAAUAACUGCCGCUCCACAAGUUGGUAUAAUUAUUCUUGGUGACUUAAAAAAGUAAGGUCGUCUGAUGGCAUGCGAAUGCUUCCAUGAAUAUUUUCUUAGAAAACUCAUAAACAGACGAAGGGUCCACUGAAUACUUUUAUUCCAACUAUAAUUAUAUAUUUUUACUUUUCGAAAAAUUUUACAAUUUGUAUAAUAAUAACAAUUAAUAAUGAUAAUGUUAAAUAAUGAUGGUGAUGAUAAUAAUGAUGAUGAUGAUAAUGAUAAUAAAUAAUAUUCAUUCAAGAUGUCCACAUCACCUUUUCCGUUGGGCGCCUGCAAGGUGAAAACUGGACGUUUUCUUGAGUUCAACACUCUUAUUUUCAUGCAGCUUUAACUGUUGAAGCCCCACUAUCCUUAUUUGUUUAGUUUAGAGGCUAGAAUUUGUUAAAAAGCUAUUUAUAGUUCACAGGCUAGGAUUUUUAGUAAUCAUUUUACUACUGUUUUAUUACGUCUCAAAAUCAGUUGUUGAUUACACUUUGGUAACAACAGAGGACUGAAGUUUUUCAAUCAAUCUCAGUCCUUCAUUGUUAACUAAUACAAAGUUGUACGUGUACUUCAGUUGUAUUUUAUCCUGCAUGCGUUUUGUAAUCUUCUGCAGACAAGGUCUUCACCACCGAACACGUCAGCUAGAUAGUUAAAGAAUUGGGAUUAAUUGAUAUGCAGUUUCGUUUUUCUCACUGCGAACCUCUCUUCAUUAGGUAAUGGUUUUCUCGUUGAUCUGGGCUGUACUGUGCGCCAUUGCAUCAGGAUUGUUCAGUGAAGUAAUCGCAAAGCUACAAAAAGAAAAUUGGGAUCAAUCAAAGGAUGAGCGUAUUCAAUGGCGCUACCAACAGGCCUUGGCAGCUGUGGUAAGGAAGUCGCCUAAUUUUUCGUCCUAAUGUUGUUUCAGUUCUGGCCAACCUAGUCCCUAGGUGUUCUCUCUUGCCCCGUUGUCCGCGCGAAGCCUGGGAAAGAGCGGGCGUGUAUCUCUCGGUGACGUCACAGCUCACGGUAGAGUCCAGGAUUGAACGAGCCGAAAACACCAAGGGACUAGGCUGAGUUCUGGCUACUAUUGCUACUGUUGUUUAACUUUUAUUCUGAUGGCUUUGCUUGCCUUCCUCUAGAAACAAAGUGCCACAGCUUUUGUUUGAAAGAAACGUUUCCUGCAUGUAGUGCCUUGUUCACGCCCUGCUGCAGCUGCUAAUUUUUGGAUGUUUCCUAAGAUUGCUAUAGUUUACCUGAGCAAUGCCUUUUAUACAAGCUUGCACUCCAGACCGGCUCGUCGCGUAUACAUGUAUUUUUGAUGAUCCCUGGUCAGUUGAUUCAACCAUUUACCAAAAGAAAUAAAAUUUCGAGGGAUGCCAAAUUAUGGCAGUCAAAAGCAACUCCUGGUAGUGUGAAAACGAUGGUAACAACGUUCUUUUGUUUUGGUUUGUUCUUUUUUUCAGACCCUGGGGUUUAUAUCUUUCCUGACAUUCUUGGUGGAUGCAAUUCUUCACUACCGAAUAACCACGUCAACUCAGUAAUAAAGAAAUCGCCUUUCGCUUGCCUCGUAGAAAUUAAUCUUUUUUAAAAUUCCUGGGCCAGUUAAUUGAUCAAGUUAAAUUUAUUAUUAUUAUUUCUUUAUUUCUCAUUUCUUCAGUUCUUCCUCGGCCCACAACUUUCAUUAGUGUGUAAAUUAGGUCAUAAAACUUAUUAAGUAAUUGAUUAUUUUAAUUCAUUAGGCUCGGUGGGGUUUCUGGUUGUGGGACUUAUUUGAAAGUCCUCAACACACGAUGUGCAAAUAUAUAUAUAAAAAAAUUCAAUGCUGCUCUCUUUUUUAAUUAAAAGAAAAAGCAAGCAGAAAAAAAGGUAAUGCUUUCAUAAAAAUGCUUUGCAGCCUGUAGUUUAAAACAAAAUGGUUAAAAAAAAGAAAUCUUCGUUACAGUUUCGUUCUUGAGUAUUCCAUUAGUACUACAUGCUAUACUAAUCUUAAGAGAUCGCUGCGUCCCAUCUUGUGACGCUUCUUUGAGGACGACCUGUACUAGUCUUACAUGUAAGUUAUCUUGUGUACGCUGAAUAAUUAAAAAAGAAUAAAGUAUGCAUGUUCUCUCG